AAAAAAUCGACCUACCGAGCCCGGUCGACCAAAUUCUUAGUCACAAACCAGCAGAGCUACGAAGCACAUCUAAAAAGCAAAGCACUUGAACAAUCAUGGCGACUUUCAACAAGAUCAGAAAUCGAAGGAUCACCAUCGGCAAUCCGUCGGAGUUUCGUCAGCCUGGUAGAGGACGUGAGAAAGAGCAGCAUAGCGAUAGGCGAUAUCAGAGGGAGGACCUCCCGGACGAGUCCGUCCACCGUAUAAAGAUAAAAAGGAGGAUGUCGACCAACACUAGAGAUGUGGACAACUCUCACACUAGGCGCCAGAACUUGAAUGACCAGUGGUCUGGUGGCCAAAAGGGGCGUGUCUUCGGUCAAUUAGUAACUCUUUUUAAUGACAAAGUGACCAAGGAGAAUUCCCCGACCUAUGGAAACCGGAAGGGCAAGAAGGGCUUUUCUGGCCGCGUCUACUCGGACGACUCGUCGUCGACCAGCAGUGAGGAGGUGUCUACUAUAAUCACCCGAGAGCAGCUAAAUCGGGCAGUCCUAUCACGUGAUUUCCUGGAAAAUAAUAUGGAAAAGCCUAUGUUCAUAAAGACUAUAAUCGGUUGCUAUGUGCGACUUAAACAUAAUUCGGAGUGUAAAGUCUUUCAGAUCGUGGGUCAUUAUCUGGCCAAAGACCCUUACAAAUUUAACAUGAAGAUGACAAAAAUAAUUCUCAACGUGAAACAUGGCUCGGAAAGUUAUUCAUCCACAAUGAACGUGGUUUCCAAUCAGCCAAUUUCGCCACAGGAGUUUCACAAGUGGAUCGAAAAGAAUCGGCGCGAUGGUUUGAUAUUGCCAACACUUAUCGAGAUCGCCAAGAAGCAGGUGGAAAUGAAAAAAACCUCUGAGUAUGCUUUCACCGAAUCUGAUGUUGAAAAUCUGAUAAAAGCCAAGGGGAUAUCUGGUCAAAACCAAAAAAUCGCUCAUAAGAAAGUACAUUUCAUUACGAAACGCGAAAUAGCACUGGAUGUGAAUGAUAUGGAAACGGUUGCAGAAUUGGAUAAACAUAUCGAGAUGAUGGAGCAGGCCAGAGCCCAGGACGAGAAUACUCGCGAAAAUCGAAAACGUAUUCCGGGUAUACCCCGUGUGAGCCACGUGCCCACUCUUUACCGUCACGAUUUGCCUGGCCCAUCGGGUAGCAAGAGAACCUUUGCGGAUCGGGUUCCCAAGUCGUAUGAGCCCGAGCUGGAGAAGUAUGUGUCUCGAAAAUAUAAGAGGAGCUCCGUGCAAAGUCGCAGGCGAGUGGAAACUGAUGAAGAUGAUUGGGAGGAAGCUAGCCUUGCAGUGUCCAAAGAAAUUCCCACGGACGAGAGCGACGAGGAGAAGAAAAAAAAACCUUAUCGCCGUAACCGAGGUUUGGAUUUAGAAGGAUUAGCUUCUUUAAAACAACUAUUCCCAGGCGUUAAGUUCAAAGAGCCCACGGAAGAGUAAUGCAAAAGGCUAUUAGAGAGAACGUCGGACAUACGAGUUUAAUACACUUAUUAUUACACUUAUAUUCGGAAUUAAUGCUAGUAAGCUAACACAACUGGAUAUCCCAACUAGAUCCCACCUAUCAAAGACACCUAUCAAAUCCCAAAAUAAAAUAAAUGGAGAUCCCGAAAAUAAAA